AUUAAGCCGAGCAUGAAGAGAAGUAUUAUCAAUACGAAGCGCUCUUUUACAAACAUUCCUCGCGUGAUUGUGCCAGCCAUGGAAGAGGAAAUAAGAAGGAUGGAAAGUGGAGCGUGCAGCUCCUCUUCUGAUGACUGGGAUGACAGCAUCUCUGCAUCUGAAGAAUCAGACGACGGAAACCCACAGGCGAGGGGCACCUGUCACUGGAGGCGAGAGCCAUCGUGGAGGAGGCAGGGCCUGCCCGGCGCCGUUGCCCUGUUCAAUGUGAACAACAGCAGCAACAAGGACGGGUGACGAAAACCUCUCCAAAAAAAAAAAAAGAAGAAGAAAAAAAAGUACAAGACAGAUCAUAAAAAUGAAAAUAAAAAGAAUCCAGAGAAGAAAAAGAAGAAGGAAAAGAGCAAAGAGAAGAAAAAGAAUAAAAGCAAAGAUAAGAAAGAAGAGGAGAAGAAAGAAGUCGCGAUUAUGGACCCCUCAGGGAACACGUAUUACAGAUGGCUGUUUUGUAUCACCUUACCUGUGCUGUACAACUGGACCACGCUUAUUGCAAGGGCGUGCUUUGAGGAGCUGCAGGCUGACUACCUGGAGUGCUGGCUCGUCCUCGACUACCUGUCAGAUGGAGUCUACCUUCUCGACAUGUUUGUGCGGACGAGGACAGGUUACCUAGAGCAAGGGUUGCUGGUGAAGGAAGAACUGAAGCUGCUGCGGAGAUACACGUCAGAUCUGCAGUUCAAGUUUGACGCUGUGUCAGUGGCCCCCACCGAUCUGCUGUAUUUGAAGUUGGGAUGGAACUACCCAGAGGUCAGAUUAAACAGACUCUUAAGGCUCCCCCGGAUGUUCGAGUUCUUCCAGAGGACAGAAACGAGGGCCAGCUACCCCAACGUCUUCCGGAUCUCCACCCUCGUCAUGUACAUCGUGGUCAUCGUCCACUGGAACGCGUGCGUGUACUACUCUGUCUCCAAGGCCAUCGGGUUUGGGAGCGACUCGUGGGUCUACCCUGCCACUACGGAUCCCGAAUUCGGUCGUUUGGCCAGGAAAUACGUGUACAGCCUUUACUGGUCUACGCUGACGUUGACCACCAUUGGUGAAACGCCAGCUCCCGUGAGGGAUUCUGAGUACGUCUUCGUGGUCGUCGACUUUUUAAUCGGCGUGCUGAUCUUCGCCACCAUCGUGGGUAACAUCGGCUCUAUGAUUUCCAACAUGAAUGCAGCCCGGGCAGCAUUCCAAUCCAAGAUCGACGCUGUCAAGCAAUAUAUGCGCUUGCGGAAUGUAAGCAAAGAGAUGGAAAGGCGGGUCAUUAAGUGGUUCGACUACCUGUGGAACAACCAAAAGACGGUUGACGAGAAGGAAGUUUUGAAGUAUCUUCCCGAUAAGCUGAGGGCGGAAAUCGCCAUUAACGUUCACUUGGACACGUUGAAAAAGGUGCGCAUCUUUGCCGACUGUGAAGCUGGCCUGCUGGUGGAGUUGGUCUUGAAAUUACAACCCCAAGUCUAUAGUCCUGGGGAUUACAUUUGCAAGAAAGGGGACAUCGGACGGGAGAUGUACAUCAUCAAGGAGGGGAGACUGGCCGUGGUGGCCGACGACGGGGUCACUCAGUUUGUGGUCCUGAGCGAUGGUAGCUACUUCGGGGAGAUUAGUAUCCUUAACAUUAAAGGCAGCAAAGCCGGCAACCGAAGAACAGCCAACAUUAAAAGCAUUGGCUACUCGGACCUGUUCUGUCUCUCCAAAGAUGACCUCGUGGAAGCUCUGACCGAGUACCCCGAUGCCAAAGCUAUGCUGGAAGAGAAAGGGAAGCAAAUCUUAAUGAAGGAUGGUCUGCUGGAUGUAGGCAUUGCAAAUGCUGCCAGUGAUCCGAAAGUUCUGGAAGAGAAGGUCACUCGGAUGGAGGGGUCUGUCGAUCUCCUGCAAACGAGGUUUGCCCGGAUCCUGGCCGAGUAUGACUCAAUGCAGCAGAAACUGAAGCAGAGGCUAACCAAGGUGGAGAGACUUCUGCAGCCGCUUCUUGACCCAGAACAUGAUUGUGAAGAAGGAGGAAGGAAGGACGUCCGAGGAAAGCAAACGAGGAAUGUGGACAAUGCAGGUGGCCUCCAGAGAGUACCCGGCACACCUGUCCUCGCUCAGGAAACGCAGAAGUGA